AUGCUCACUCACCGAGUCCGCUGUAUGGUGAUCGCCCUCCGCUUUGGAGGACUCACGGGUCGCUUCCUGGCAUUAACCACCCCCGUGACAGUGGUCAAUGCUUUCGUUGACUGCAACGGCCUUUGCCGCGAACUGCGGCCGGCCAUUUUCACGCUAACCUCACUCGAAGAGACACAAUACGCGGCACGACUGAUCUCUUCGGGGGAUGAUCAAAGAGUCGCCGCCAAUUACAAGGUAGAUGCCGAGAAAGUUGCACCAUUUAUCAAGAAGUAUCUAAAAGGCGCCGUCGCUUCUGGUUCUUUGGUUCAGACGAAAGGUAAGGGAGCUUCUGGAUCGUUUAAACUUGCUUCCUCGUCCGCCUCCGGUGGUGGUGCAAAGGCCAGAGCUGCUGCUGCUGCUUCUGCUGCUAGAGCUGCUGCCGCCGCGGCAGCCGCUGCUACUGGCGAAAGAAAGAAAAAAUCCUCAGCAGUUUCAAAAGUUAAAAAAAACACUGGAAAACGUUCCGCCGUUUCGGCACCAAAAACCGGUAAGAAACCAUCUUCGCCAAAAGCGAAAAAAGUCGCAGCCGAAAAGAAGAGCGUAGCCGUCGCGAAAGCAAAAAAGGCCGCUUCUGUCGGCGCUGAGAAGAAAACAACCGCUGCUUCCUCUACAGGUAGAGCUGUUGCGGCAACAGCUUCAUCAAAGCCGAAAUCACCUUCGAAAGCAAAGAAAUCAAAUAAGGCCGGUCCAACGAAGAAACCUAAGGCACCGAAACCAAAAAGCGCCAAGGCUAUAUCUGCUAAAGCGAAGAAAUCUCCUGCUUCUCCUAAAAGAAAGAAGUGAGCUAUGGCAAUAAUCUCAUUUGUCGUCGUCUUCGUCGUCGUCGACUACGAACCGAUGAUGAUGAUAAUGAUGAUGAUGAUGAUGGUGGUGACGUCCUGGAUUAUCGACUGUUUAAGGCC